AGCAGGGGCAAGCGGGAAAGGAAAACAAAGGCGGGAAAAUAACUGAAAAUGAACGGAGUUCCAACUUCCAACUUCCAUAAAAAUUAAAUUCAGUUUCAUUCCAUAGCUAAGCUGCUAAGCUUCGAAUUAUUCGUAAAGAUAUGGACGACAAUGUGGCCUUUAGUGUAUUCAAACCCAAGAAGACCACGAAGAAAAGGUCAGCUCCUAGUAACUUUGACUUGAUAGAUUCCCAGCCUUGGUAUCGUGAUUAUGAAGCAAUAUGUGAAACUUUGACUGGUCAAUUAGAGAGGAUUCACUCAGAACAACGUAGCUGUGCCGUACAAGAUGUCGUCCAGUUUGUCUCUAAUUAUCAGUACACCGUCGAACGUGUUCCUGUCAUUUCUUUAUUCACUGGUUACAAUUUGCCGGAUCACAGUUCAAUGAUAUCAGCGGUAUUAGAGCAGCUAGACAAUAACGAGAAAGUAAAAUGUCAUAUGGUGAACUUGAAUCCUGCUAAGGCAUCAUCGGUGAAAAUUUUAAUUGAAAGUGUCGUUUACGAUUUUGUAAAUGCUGUAAGCGUUAAAGGAGAUGAAUUUGUUGAAGAUGAAGAAGACGCCGAUAACGUGCUGGUAUCGAAGUCUAAAUGCUCUUUGUUGCGUUUAUCUGAUUGGUAUUUGAACAAUUACGGAUUACUAGAUGAAUUGAAUAAAACGAACAACGAUUCCGACGAUGAUUUCGGAAUAACUUAUUUAGUAAUGGUCAUUCAGGAUAUUGGAACUAUACCUAAACAAAUUUUAAAUGAUUUCAUGAAGACAAUAAGUUCUGUUAGAAACCGUCUUCCACUCAUGUUCCUAAUCGGAGUACCUUACACGUUGCAUACGCUGGAAAAACGAUUCACAUCCGAAGUGUACUCGAAACUAGCUAUUUUUCCGUUCCAAUCCCGACCUUCCGCUGCGUUUUUAGAUAGAGUUUUGGAAGAAAUAUUUUUACAAGAAAAAUGCGUGUUCCAUUUGGGUUCCAAUGUGUUUGAGAUUCUCUGUCAUUCCUACGAGAAUUACAAUUUUUCUGUGAAAGAAUUCAUCAAAGGAAUUAAACUUUGCAUGCUGGAACAUUUUUCUCAAUCUUCGGUUCAUUCAACAUUUUGCUGUGAUGGUGAAUCUAACGACAUAUCUGAUCGUAUUGAUAACCUGAGCGAUGAAAGUGUCGCUUUAAUUUUGGAUCUUCCUUCUAUACAUCAAUACAACUCGAAACGUAAAAUGCAUAAGCAAAAUUUAACUGUUUCAUCGCCUACUAUUAAAGAUGAAUUAAAGAAAUUGUAUAAUGAAUUCAAUACCGGUGUGAUUCGAUUCAACGCUGCGGUGCGAUGUCUUAAUUUACUGAUGAAAUCUUUGAAACAUGACAAAUUGACUACUCCUAUCCGGAAAAUUUAUCAACACGUUAUGGAUUUUGAUAAGAGACAGCAAUGGUUAGAUUCAAAUUUCAACUAUAUAAAUGUUUCAACAAAACACUCGCUUCUUCAAGCUUUGAAAAAUGUUGAAACAAUGUUGAACGAGUACACAGAUUCAGAGUUGUCAUCAAUACGUUCCAAACUAUCUUCAUUUAUUGAAAGAAUAGAAGAAAGUCAACUAGAAGUUAUUAAGAAGAAUCCUGGAAGUCCCAUCAAAACAGCUCUAAGCCCUAAUAAAUCAACCAGGAGUCCAAUGAAAACAAGAAGUCCAGUGAAAACGAGCAGUCCAAUGAAAACAAGGAGUCCAAUGAAAGCGAAUAAAAGUCCUUUAGAAACAAUCCGGAGUUCAGCUAAAAAAAUUACUCCCAGAUGUCCUUUCGUGUCUCCUAAUACCAAACUCAGUCCAUCGACAAGAAGCCCAGCUAAAAACAUUACUCCCAGAUGCCUUCUCGAAUCUCCUAACACCACGAAGCUCAGUCCAUCAACUAGAAGUCCAGGAAAAAAAUUUACUCCUUUUAGAAACGAUGAUGUGAAACAAAGUCCAGCGAUGCGCAGAGCAUUGUUCACAAAUGAUCUGAAAAAAAGGGCGAGCAAAGAUACUCCAUCAAGCGAAUAUGCAGACACGCGAAAAGAUCUUUUGCAAUUUCUUAGGCGCGAUUUCUUGAAUUUAUAUCUUAAAUCAUUGGAUGAUAUCCCAUUAGGCGAAUUGUUUAUUUAUAAUGACCACGUAAACAUUAUGAGACUUCUAGAUCCUUAUCCCAGAACAGCGUUGAAUAACGCCUUACAAGAUCCCAUCACUUAUUUAGAAUGUACAUGUUGUAAAUCUACGCCGGGCGAAGUUUUAAAAUCAAUGCCAGACCUGUCCAUUCUCUUUAAAUUGCACAAGGAACAAGGCAAUGUUAUUAAUUUAUAUGACUGGUUUCAGCAAUUCAGAUAUUAUGUGGAUAAGAAAAAUUAUAACGACAAAGAUAUCAGUGCUGAAAUAUAUGGUCGGUUUUCUCUCGCCAUGAAAGAGUUACACUUUUUAGGAUACAUAUCACUCCCUAGGAAGAAAUUGAAUGGUGUGGAUUAUGUAAAUAAAUUGGCAUAUUUUUGAACAUUCAUUUCAAAUUUGAAGCGUCAUUGUGAUAUUUUAGAAGAUAUUUAUUUAUUUUUGACUAUUUAGUUUUUUAUUUAGUUUUCUUUGGAUGGAUUUUAUGUGUACGUACAAAUUGUCUGAUAAUUUAAGUUGAUUCAUAACUAAACUAAAAUUAAGCAUAUUUAUUCAUCUCGUGAUUAUAUUAUACUGUGACUUUCUAGUAAUCAUGUAAUUGAUAGUAAUAAUAAUAAUGUGAGCUGCGCCAUUUCUGUACUUCUUUGGUUUUUAAUAAAAUAAAGAUUUGUUCGACACAA